AUGGCCAGCGAGAUCGGAACCGGAAGCCAGAGGCAGGAGGAGUUCCACGACAAGAGUGUGAUGAAGGUGAGCGCGUUCACGGCGCCGAAGGGGGCGAUGGGCCAGAAGUACCUGGCCUCGGGGGUCCACCUCAGCAUGCGCAUGUGGGAAGACGAACAGCCCGGCGAGCAGAAGGAGACCCGAAGGGAAUACGAGACCCUGGGCUACGUGCUCAAGGGCAGGGCCGAGCUGCUCCUCGAAGGACAGAAGCUCAUCCUCGAGCCCGGCGACUCGUGGCUGGUGCCCAAGAACGCGAGCCACUCGUACAAGAUUCUGGAGACAUUCUCCGCGGUCGAGACCACCUGCCCCCCGGCCUUCGCCAAGGGCAGGGACACCAAGUGCUAA